AUGUUCCAGGUUCUUGGUCCAGCAGAUCCUGUUGUUGCUCAUGUUGGUGAAGAUGUUGUUUUGCCCUGUUAUCUCAAGCCCAACAUCAAUGCUGAGGGCAUGCGUGUGGAGUGGAUCAGACUUCAUUCUGUAGAUAUACUGGUGCAUCUUUACCGUGAGAAAGAGAAUAGGAAUGAGGAUCAGAUCCCAUCUUACAAAGGAAGGACAGCACUGUUCCCGGAGGAACUGAAGAAAGGCAACGCUUCGCUAAAACUUACGGGAGUACGAGGCUCUGAUGAGGGAACGUAUCAAUGUUUCAUUCAGUCUCAACAGUGGGAUGAUGAUGCUUCUAUUAAAAUUGAAGUAAGAGUUUGUGUCUCUGUAGGAAAUGAACCAGUGAUCUCCAUGGAGGGACACAGAGAAUGGGGCAUCAGCCUACUGUGUGAAUCUAAAGGCUGGGAUCUUCAGCCUGAACUCAUCUGGCUGGACAGUGAUGGAAACAGUCUCCCUGCUGGAUCUACAGAGACACAAACAAAGAGUAUGGACCUCCUAAUAGUAAAACAACGUGUCAUCAUACAGGACAGAGACACUAAAAAGGUCACUUGUCAAGUUCAGCUGCAGCAUCUCAGACUGGAGAAGAAGACAGAGUUUGACAUCACAGCAGCCUAUCAGAUCCCUGCUGGGUGUGUCCACCGGGUGACAGAGUCUGUCCAGGAACAUGUCCUACAAUGGCUCCUCAAGAACCAGCUCUAUGUCAAGGCUGAAAAGUGCUCCUUCCACCAGCAGUCCAUCUCUUUUCUGGGCCUCGUCAUCUUGGCGGACGGCAUACAGAUGGACAUGGAGAAGGUUCUGCAGUGGGGCCACUCAUCCCGGCUGACCUGCCACCAGAAGGACAUUAGCCUUCCUCCAUCAGUGGUUCUGGUGGCCCUCCAUGCCUGA